AUGAAGAAGCCGCUCACAUGUCUGACGGUCAGAGAAAAAAGUCACAGAAAACUUCGGACGAGUCUAGCUCCUCGUCCAGAUGAUGGGAAAAGCAGUGCUUCGAAAGCAGCGGUGAAGUCUGAUGACAAGAACGAACCCAAGCUCGACACAAAUGACGGAGCUGUCAAAGAGCACAAAGAAGAGGGAAUUCCAAAGCGUGUAGGCCACGAUGAAUCCAGCUCACCAUCGGAAGGCGAUGAUGCUAAUGAAGCGUUACAGAAAGAGAAGACUGUUCCAUCAUCAACUGCUUCUGGUCAAGGACACCCUUGUGUUCCUUUGGAAGACACCAGUGCAAAGAAAAAGACCAAAUCUAAUUCAGAGGGCUCUGAGAGCUCAACAUCAUCUUCAGACAAAAACGAAGCAACAAAGAACGCAUCACAGAACAAGAAGAAGAAAAAGAAGAAGAGGCGGAAGAGGUCGAGUGGUUCUAGUUCUUCAUCAGAUGACAGCAGCGUUACUAAACAAAGUCGAAAGAAGGACAAGGCAAAACCAAAGUUGACAAGCUCCGGAAGCUCAAGCUCAUCAUCAGAUGACAGCAAGGCUAAGGCGGAAAAGUUACAGCAAAAGAAAAAGGAGACCAGCUCUAGCAGUUCGGACACCGACAAACAUGAAAGCAGUGCUGAGAAAGGAGCCUCAAAGAAAGACGAUGUCAGUGAAAGGUCAAAAACAUCGAGUGGAUCCGAAAAAAGAGCGUCAAAGUCUCGAUCGGUGUCAUCUAGUAGCAGUGGCUCAUCGUUAGACCACAACGGCUCCCAAAAGGAAGCAUCAAAGGAAGACAAACCAGCGUCAAAGCCUGAGAGUCGUAAAAGCUCCACCUCAUCUUCAGAUAACAACAAGAAAGGUGAAGCACUCCAGGAAGAGAAAGAUAGGCCAAACACUUCAGAUUCCAGUACCUCAAGUUCGUCUUCAGAUGACAGUAGUACUGAAAAGAAAUUACCGAAGAAGGACUCGAGAAAGACAACAUCUCGAAGUUCUAGAAGCUCCAAUUCUUCUUCAGAUGACAAGGACGCUGCGGUUGAAGCAGCGACAAAGAAAGAAGAAGCAAAGUCGAGUUCUAAAUCUUCCAGUAGCUCGUCCUCAGAUGAAGGCAAAUGUGACAAGAAGCGCUCAAUGAAAGACAAAGCAAUGCCAAAGCGGGCAACCUCCAGGAGCUCCAGUUCAUGCUCAGAUGACAGAGAAGGUAAGGGUAACACGACGCAGCAAAGAAAUGCGACGGUGAAACCAAAGUGCUCUGAAAGUGCCGACACAUCUUCAAUGCCGAUAGUGAUCGGGAAGGCUUCUCGAAGGAGGAAAAGGCUAAGCUUAAAAAACAGAGCUCUAAAAGUUCCAGUUCAUCUUCAGAUGACAAUGCUGCUACAACUGAGGUGAAGCGGAAAAAUAAGUCAAAAUCCAGCUCAACGACAUCCACUAGCUCUAGCUCGUCUACAGAUGAUGACAAAGCUCAAAACAAAGCCUUGAAGAAAAAGAAAAACACGUCUCGCUCAGCAAGCUCCAGUUCAUCUUCAGAUGGCAGCAAAAGAAAUAAGAGCACAUCGCAAAAGAAGAAAGCUCAGUCAGGACAGGCCACCUCGAGUAGCUCAAGUUCGUCUUCCGAUGACAGCAGUGUUGAGCAAAAAGACGCAAAGAAAGACAAAAGCAAUAUGAAGUCAGCGAGUCCUAAAGGGUCCAGUUCAACUUCAGAUGAAGAAACGAGAAAAAGGCACACAUCACCUAAGCCGGCAAACUCAAAAGACAGUUCAUCGUCGGCAGAGGAUAAUGUUACAUGUGGGAACUAUGCAAAUGAAAAGGAGAAAAGCAAGAAGAGAGAGCUAUCACCAGCCAGGACGUCAAGCCACAGUGAAACCAAAUCGGCU